GUCAGUUAAAAAAUGUCAACAAACGGAAAACGUGUCCAGCUCUGAGAUCAAUCGAGAGGUACCGAUAUUGUGUUCAGUGUUUGUUGGUUCAUGGAGGUAGAAUUUGGUUACAACGUAACUGUAAGUGAGUCCAAUCUAUCUAAAUAUGGAGAUGGAUAUAGAUAAAGAUAGAGUUGAAACUUCGCAAGCUGUUUCUCCUUCAGACCAAUCCAGCUGCGUUACAGACAGCAGGUACACAGAAACCUCCCCAUUGACAUCAUUGGUAACCAGAAAUAUGACCGAGAACAGUUCUGAGGCCAUCCCUGAUCCAUCAAUGGAUGUACAAGACAUGGAUGGCCAAGUUUCUCUGGAUGCCAAGACCAUCCCUGAUUCAGGGGGUGCCACUCCCGCAGCAAUUCAAGAAGAUACUGGAAAUGGUGUGAAUGUCCAAUGCGAGGAGGGCAAGACUGUACCCACAUCAGGGGGUGCCACUCCUGCAAUGAUUCAGGAAGGUCAGGCAAGGAUAAUGUUCCCAUCCCUGAAUGAGGUGUUUUAUAAUCCAGUCCAGCAGUUCAACAGGGAUUUGACAAUUGCUGUUAUAAGUGUACAUGCUGAAGAACAGCUGGCAAUCAAAGGAUUUAAAGUUUCUUACGAGUCCAGUAAAGAUGCAGAAGGGAAAGAGGAAACAACUCCAGAAAGUGAAAACAUCACUGAAGAUGAAAAACAGACGUACCACCCGGGAGAAUAUUGCAAGGAUGGACUCAAUAUUCUAGAGGGAUUGUCUGCAACUGGACUGAGAGGAGUACGUUACGCCAAGGAAAUCCCUGGAUUGAAAAACAUUGUCUCCAAUGACUGGAACUACGAGGCCUUCAAGGCAAUCCAGCGUAACAUCAAAGAGAACAAUGUGGAGCAAUUGGUGACAGCCAGCCAUGGUGACGCUUCAUUGAUCAUGAAUCAGUACCAUCUGACUGACCGAGUGGAUAUCGUUGAUCUGGAUCCAUACGGCAGCCCUGCUAAGUUCCUGAAUGGCUCUAUGCAAGCAGUCAAGGAUGGUGGUAUACUGUGUGUUACCUGCACGGAUAUGGCCGUCCUCUGUGGUAAUCGCAGCGAGGCUUGCCAUGCUAAGUACGGAGCUAUGUCACUGAGGGCAAAAUACUGCCAUGAAAUGGCAUUACGGAUUGUUCUUCAUUCGGUGGAGAUGCAUGCGAAUAUACAUCAUCGUCACAUUGAACCUCUACUAUCAGUCAGUGUAGACUUCUACAUACGUCUCUUUGUACGAGUUCAUACCAGCCAGUCAAAGGUCAAGCGGUCAGCUGCCAAGAAAGCGUUAGUCUACCACUGUGAGGGAUGCGAUAACUUUCAUCUACAGCGCAUGGGGAGACUUCUCCCAGUUGCAGACAACCCUAAGAAUUUCAGAUACAAGAGUGCCUUUGGACCUCCCGUUGGUCAGAACUGUGAAAACUGUGGUUCAAGAUUUCUUCUUGGAGGUCCAAUAUGGGCGGAACCUCUUCAUGACCCUGAGUUUGUCAAGAAACUUCUGGGUCAUGUAACGACCCACUCUGACCGAUUCCACACUCACACCAGGAUGAAGGGGAUUCUCACACUCAUCAGUGAGGAGCUUUUAGACUGUCCACUCUACCACAAAUUCAGCCAGCUAUUUCACCACGUCCGCAGCGCGUGCCCACCACUGAAGAAGUUCCGCUCAGCGUUAAUGCACGCUGGGUACAGAGUGUCACAGUCUCAUAUCACAGCAGAGGCCGUCAAGACAGAUGCCCCUCAUUCGGUUGUCUGGGACAUCGUCAAAGAGUGGGUAAAAUUAAAUCCAGUAACAAGGAAGCGGAAACUAGAAGAUACCAGCGUCAGUAACAUCAUACUGAGCCAAAAAUCAAGUACUGAAGUUUCCUUUGAUGUAAGAGAAGACGCCAUGCCGACGUCUCGGAAACAGGGCAUCCCAAGAUUCCCUGCCAACCCUGCCCCCAACUGGGGUCCCAAGGCGAGGGCGAAACCAUCAUCAUCUGCAGAGACACUUGAAGAGAAAAGAGCGCGUCAUCAAAACAAAAGAGCAAAACAAAAAGAGCAGAGACCAGAGGAAGGAAAUGAGUUGGACGACGUCAAAUUACAAAAGUGAGAAAUAAUUUGAUCUUAGAUGUAUGUGUAAACAAUCCUUGCAUCGUACAUUCUACAAAACUGUACUAUUGAUGGGUCCAGGGGUGGAGAAAGCACCCCACGCUAGUAAACAUUUUAUUGUCUGCUGAACAUAUACAGACAUAAAGGCACUUAACAUGUUUGGUAAGUCGUCAAAGAUCAGUAUUCUCAAUUUAUAGACAACAUUUUUAAGAAAUUUACAAUAACAGUAAAAGGUGAAAGUUUCAGCUGAAAAAGAGUGUCUACUUGUUGCGAAAACAGCAAAAACUUGUGGCAAUUUUACAAGAACACAAGUCCAUCUAGAAUUAGUAAGGUGAUAGUGGUUACCAACCACAUCUCUGGCUGCAGCAUUCAAGAAUGGACACCAACCCUUAGAAAUCUGAGAAUGGAUGCAUGCAUCAAUUGUUUCUCCGAUUCAAAUGUUUUUGAGUAAAAACCCUAGUACCUCGAAGAGAAUCCUUUCUUAAAAUAGUUUAUACUAUCAACAGCUGCAGUGCUUCUCACUAAACAAAUGUUUGUGGUCAAUGAUUUUUUGAGUAUAUAACAUUUCAGACCCUACCUUUAAGCUUCCAAAAGCACCGAAAAAUAGAAUAUUCAUAAAAAAAAAAAA